GAGCCACAUGCGCACUGGGAGCGGUCAUCGCAGCGGGUGAAUGCUCUCAUAGUGACCCGUCGCUUCAGCAGAGUUUUUUAGCGACAGCUCAGGCUACAUACAUCGAGUGUUGUUCAUACUUGCAGCGAAAAGCAUGUGAUUCUUCCGCCACGGGCCGGGACAACGGCUCAUUUCUCUGUGGGCUUCUGCUGAGUAUCUUUCAUCUUAUGACCGACGCAUCUACUACCCGCUGGUACUUGAUGAUGAAGUGUACCUUACAGCGCAUCGUGCAGCUGGGAGGACCAGAAAGCUUUUCCAGACCGGUAGCUCUCGCCAUAUUCAACCAGUACUGGGUGCUCGAAUCGCUUCGGACUCUGGCAUUCGAUGAGGAUAACGCACUUGCAGAUCCAAAAUGGCUGAGCCUGCUCGGCCGCGCUGAAGAGUCCAGCACUCGGAAAGUGGCUACCGAAAGAGAUCACACCCGGCUGCUGCGAUGUAUGGCUCUUUUGGGUAGACUAAACUACCGUUCGCUGAGCUGGUUAGUACGGGCUCGAGCUAUGCGAUAUAGCAAUAGCCUACCCACAAAUAAUAUUUCUAGUUUGCGAGACAGCAUUCAUUUGGGGGAAGGAAAAGACAUCAUACAAGAAGGGCAUAUGGUCCGCCAAGAGUUGCUAAAGCUGGCCCCGGAUCUGCAUACACAUAACUGGAUACAAGGCAGAUCGCUCUACGACUUGAUGAUGUCGUUGUAUCACUGCGGUCCCAUUAGCCUCUCUCGAUUAUUCAUCGAUCCGCUGUGGAGUAUUCUGGGCGAACCACUCCCCAUGUUGCCGGAAGACGCGAUUAGAUAUCAUGCCAUCGCAGCGCUCGAGCACUUGCAACGGAGACUACAGGUCGCAGGCAUGGAGUCUGUAUUCUUCCUUCCGUUACUCACCACUGUUGCCUUGGAGGUGCGGAGCCGGGUAUAUCGUGACAAAAUAUCGCGGAUCUUUGAUUCAGUGGAAGGAAAAGGGUUCGCAGUGGCUGCCACGGCUAGAUCUGACACUCAGCUGGCCUGGGCGUUAGUUGGGAGCUCUGGGGGUGGAUAAAAGACGAUUAUCUCAGAAAAGAGCAUCAAGGAUGGCAAGGGUUAUGGACCAUAUCUGACGCUACGGUCUGAUGCGUUUCCUCUAUAAGACUGCAGCGACAGGUGACCUGUUACGGCCAAACUCUGCUCUUCUUGUCACUCUUGACUGCUUGCGGCCACCAAUAAAUGGUAAAUCUACCAGCGGAUAUUAUGCUGGAUGCUUCCUUAUUCAUCCCACCUUUCGCAGGUUUGUUGACCAAAUACCACAUAUUCCAAUU